UGUCGACGCUGGUGCAGGGCAGAGGGGGAGUUCUGCAGGGUCAAAUAAACUCAGGAGCUGCAAACCAACACAAAACUCCGCAGACCUGCGCAACUUUCUAACAAGCAAGAGGUCUUUCCACCCCACUUUUUUUUUUUCCUACCUUGACUUGAUUCUGGUCGCUGCAAAGAUGACCACAGCCGUGGUGUCGCCUUUCUUCGACUUCGAAGUUAUGAACAAGAACAACAAACUGCUCAGCUACAACAACAACCUGGGUGCCCCCCAUCCCAUGUCUGUCCCUUGCACUGGCGCCAAUGUGCCCAUCUCCAGCCCCACCGGAGCCCUGCUGGACAGGAAAGCGGUGGGAUCUCCCUCGGUAGGAGGCGUGUACCAGCGGCGGCACUCCGUCAGCAGCACAAAGUUCAGCCAGAACCAGUUUCUGAACAGUCUGAAGGCAAUGGACCACUCCUCGCUCAUCUCAGGGGUUGGCAACAUCAGCAACAAGGAGAACCGCCCGCGAGACCGCUCCUUCUCUGAGACGGGCGAGAGGCUCAUCAACAAGUGCCUGGGCCCUGCCAGUCCCACCAGCGGUGGCAGCCAAGUGAACUCCAGCAGAUACAAGACGGAGCUUUGCAGGCCCUUUGAGGAGAACGGCUCCUGCAAAUAUGGCGACAAGUGCCAGUUUGCUCACGGAAUCCACGAACUUCGCAGCCUGAGCCGCCAUCCCAAAUACAAAACCGAGCUGUGCCGUACCUUCCACACCAUUGGUUUCUGCCCGUACGGGCCUCGAUGCCAUUUCAUCCACAACGCCGAGGAACGCCGCGGACCUCCUCAGCAGACCUCCCCUCUAAACUCUUCCAACAAGAUCGAGAGGCCUCGGCUGCAGCACAGCUACAGCUUCGCAGGCUUCUCCAGCUCAGCUGGGCUGAGAGACAGCCCCACCUCCGUCACCCCGCCACCCAUGUUCUUCCCUGAUGAAGUCUCCGACUGGCCCAGCAGUAACCCCUUCACCUACUCCAGCCAGGAGCUGGCCAACCUGUUUGGGCCCAGCCUCAGUGCCGGUCCUGUAGGCACAGAGCCCAACCAUCCUGCACCCCCCUCUCCAACAAGCACACCUUACUAUUUCAGACCCAUGUUGGAGUCCCCUCAGAUGUUCGAGUCUCCAUCCAGCCCUCCUGACUCCCUGUCAGACCAAGAGGGCUACCAGAGCAGCUCUGGAGGCAGCCUGAGUGGCUCCGAGUCCCCAACGCUGGACACCACCCGCCGUCUCCCCAUCUUCAGCCGCCUCUCCAUCUCUGACGACUAAACCGCAAGCACCCGUCAGUGACUUUUGAGUUUGAUGACACAAAGAGAACACGGCACUCCCCUCUACCUCUGCCUCCCUGUCUUCCCUGUACACAGCGCACCAUGUUAGUUGCUAGUUAGCAUUAUAAGGAUGUAGUCAAUCAAGGGAACUCAAAUUAUCAUUUCAUUCCUGUUACCCUGCACAGCAAGUUUUUUUUAAAACGCAAAAAAAAAGUAGCCUGCCUUGUGUCAUAGUGCCAAAAAAAGGAGUGGAAUUUGAACAAUGAAAAUCACGAGAACAAAAUUGACUGUAUUUCCAGGUGCCACUUGUUUUUUUGUUUUUU